CUGGGCUCCGGGAGCAAGCGUCUGUCUCUUUAAAUGCCAGGGGCUGCGCUCCCGCCCGGAGAGCCGGGAGCCGGAUCUACAAUCCCGUCCCUCCCGCUCCCGCGCUUGUUGCUCGCCGGGUCCGAGCGGGAGCUGCCGCCGCCGGGCAGCAAGGCUGCUUCCUUCUCCGCCUUCUCGAGCCCCACCUCCCCCGAGAGCAGGUUGAGGGAGAGCAGCAGCCCCAGCAGGAGGGAGGGGUGCGGUGUAAACAGGCAUUGCUCCCCACCUUCAAGUCUUGGAGCGCUACGUAGCCGCGGGGGCAAGACAUGCUUCGCUCCCCCCUGCCCAGCCCUGUUGCCACCGGCGCCGGGAGAGGAGGGAUUGCGGAUCCCACACCUGCAAACUCACCGUAGAAGUCUCUAGGUGCGGCUGGGGGGAGGGAGCCAAUUCCCCAAGGCCGCCACCUCUCUGCGGGUGGUCUCCGCCCCUGUCCGGGGACCCGUGCCAAUGAACCUAGUGGUGGUUUCGCUUUCUCGCCUCUCGGCUGUGUGAACGUGUAUCUGCUGCGUGAUGGGUAACCAGGUGGAGAAACUGACCCACCUAAGUUAUAAGGAAGUUCCCACGGCCGACCCCACCGGCGUGGACCGGGACGACGGGCCCCGCAUCGGGGUCUCCUACAUCUUCUCCAACGACGACGAGGACGUGGAGCCGCAGCCGCCGCCCCAGGGGCCGGAUGGCGGCGGCGACGGCUUGCCCGACGGCGGGGACGGGCCACCACUGCCGCCACCGCAGCCCUACGACCCGCGACUGCACGAGGUGGAGUGUUCCGUGUUCUACCGCGACGAGUGCAUCUACCAGAAGAGCUUCGCGCCGGGCUCCGCGGCGCUGAGCACCUACACGCCCGAGAACCUGCUCAACAAGUGCAGGCCUGGCGACCUGGUGGAGUUUGUGUCGCAGGCACAGUACCCGCACUGGGCUGUCUACGUGGGCAACUUCCAGGUGGUGCACUUGCACCGGCUGGAGGUGAGCAACAGCUUCCUGACGGACGCGAGCCAGGGCCGGCGCGGCCGCGUCGUGAACGACCUGUACCGCUACAAGCCUUUGAGCCCCGGCGCGGUGGUGCGCAACGCUCUGGCACACGUGGGCGCCAAGGAGCGCGAGCUGAGCUGGCGCAACUCGGAGAGCUUCGCCGCCUGGUGCCGCUACGGCAAGCGCGAGUUCAAGAUUGGCGGCGAGCUGCGCAUCGGCAAGCAGCCCUACCGGCUGCAGAUCCAGCUCUCGGCGCAGCGCAGCCACACGCUAGAGUUCCAGAGCCUGGAGGACCUGAUCAUGGAGAAGCGGCGCAACGACCAGAUCGGGCGCGCCGCGGUGCUGCAAGAGCUCGCCACGCACCUGCAUCCGGCCGAGCCUGACGAGGGCGACAGCGACGCGGCGCGGACUACCCCGCCUCCGGGGCGCCCCCCGGCGCCGGGACGGGAGGAUGAGGCCCGGGAGGCGGCGGUGCACUGAGGGGCGAGCUGAAUGCGGAGUCUUGAGAGGGAGCCUUUCGGACCAGCCGCCGCUCCCCCUUGCCUCCUCUCACUCCGUCCUUCAGUACCUUCCAGGCCCCAUCUGGGCUCCUGGGCCAUUUGGAAAAAAGGAGAGUCGGCGAAAUGUGCAGCCAGCUGUGGCUUGAGCUUGUUACCCUGGACAGAGGAAUAAGGGGGAGCAGGUAGGAGCACUGGGGCCGGGGGUGGGUGGGACUUCUUGCCUGUCCUCUGGAUCUGUCCUCCUUUCUGACGUGGGCCAAAUGGUGGACUUGCCUGACAUUUAAUUUUUCCUGUACCUGGGUCCAAAAUCGACCCUCCUUGGGCUCUCGGGGGUGGAGGAAAGUUCAGAGUACCAGUGCCCGCCAUUGCCUCCUCCCUGCUUCCUCUCCUCCCCUGGGCCUGGAGGGGGCUCUGUACUGAGGCCUGGGAGGGUUUGUGGCUGCGCCCUGCCAAGCACCGACAGCCGCAGAUCCGCUACCUCCACCCCCCAGGGGUGUGUGUGGGAUGUGGGAGGCCCGGGUGAUUUACUGUGGCGGAUUGCUGGGGUGUAAGACUGGAGAGACCAGGCCCGGGUCUGGGAGCAGCAGACCACAACGCAGCAGCCCCCUGUGAGGUGUAAUAAAUAGUUGGGUAAACUUGGGCUACAAAACAAAGACUUUGCUACCUCCCCCUCGCCCCCCACCCCCGGGUAAUUCAUCUUCUGGAGCUGGCUUCUGGCGGAGUCUCCUGCUCCCUCCUGUUCCAGCCACCACUUCCCAGGUUUCAAGUAAAUCAUUGUCAUGGGCCAGCUAGGGGAAGGAUUCAAUUAUGAUUCUGUUUUGCCGCCUUUGUUUCUGGCCUGCUUUGGUGUAGGCACUUGGAUCCCUGUUGUUAUCAAAGGAGGGAAUGGCCCUUUGUGUCUCUGAUCUAAUUAAACCUGCUGGGCUGUGUUCAUCCGCAGGUCACACGGGGUUGGCUCCUGCCACCCCAUAAAGUAUUCACUGCAGAAGCAGCCAGAUGGAAUUGCCCUGGCAGAAAUUAGUUAAUUUCUCACCCAUCACCUAACCCCCUUCCUGAACAGUGAAGGUAACCUUUUGUAAACUAUAGGGCCUCUAAUUUUCUUUUCUUUUCUUUUUUUUUGGGGGGGGGGGCUCCUCUCGGUCCCAUCCCCCUCACUCACUUUUUUUCUGCGGGUGAUAAAAUCUUAGGCUUGAGGUCUAUUCAGUGAUAAGGUGUUUGUUUUGCUAGCCACACCUCAUGCAAUUUAAAUCCAGACACUAAGUCUUGUUACACUGCAGCAGUCUCUUUGUUUCUUGGAGAACACCCCCGCCCCCACCUUCGGAGUGAUUUUGCAAUUAAGAGGGGUAAGAGCCAUCACAAAUUAAAUGCCACCUGGUAGAGUCAGCACCGAAUCUGGUGACAGUCCUGAGGCACAGGUUGGUGGUUGUGAGAUCUGACGCAGCAGGCUGGCCUGUACUCUUUGGGUCUGCCGCUGAUCUUGCUUCCUGUACUGUGGGGCUUCUAGAAAUUUUUACAGCCCAUCUCUUGUCUUCAGGCGAGCACUUGGUUGAUGUGUGUCCUUGAUUUCACAGUGCUGCUUUGCUGCAGAUUGACAUUGCUAAUUCCGUCCCAAAAGUUGCGUGAAGUUUUCCUUUCUUUUGGGAGUCAUUUUAGAUGACACUGAGCAAGUCCUUUUUUGAAGAAAUUCUUAAAGUUGGAAUGGAAUCCUAUUUUGAGUUGUCCUAUAUUGCUGUGGACAUCCUUGGGCCUUUUCCGUGGGGAUUUCUAACUCAUGCAACAAGACUUGAAGGAUUUCCUUGUAUACUUUUUUCAAACUUGGAAGUUGAUGCCAUAAUUUUUAAAAGCCUAGACCGUCGUAGCACCUCAGUAGGAAAUAAUUUCAUUUUAGGGGCAUUAGCUAUGUUCCCUGUUCUCACAAGUAUCACCAAGCAGGUCCUGUCCCUUUGCUAAAGAUGAACCACUCUCAGCCCUAGUCUGGGACUUUGGAGAGAUGUCUGUCACCUGUGCGAAAUGUAGAUGUAGUUUUCAUGUGUAAUAAGCUCUCAGCUUCAUGUUUAUAUUCUCUUGUUCAUGGAAAAGCCAAUCGAGGUAAAAGACAUUGAGGAGAGCCUCAGAUAUCCAACAGAUUUGGGUUUCAUUUUGUUUUGUUUUGUUCGUUUAACAUGGUAGUUGAAAGACCAGUGUGCAGACAGCGAGAGGGGAGAAGAAUGACGGUCCAGCAGCUCUGGGCUGGCUAACCAGCUUAGCUCUCCGUCUCCCUAUCUCUGGUGGCCUCCUUUGCCCUCAAUUAAAAAGUGAAUGUCCUUGGUCACACGGAGAUACCCCAGUGACUGUCUUGUUACAAAGGAACUGCUCCUUGUGGGAAGUCUCCACUUGAAGGAAGAACUCUUAAUCCACACCAAUAGUAGUAGUCUGCCUCUAGAGAAGAGGUUUCUGAAAAUGAACUAGAAGAGGAAAUCCUCCCACUCCAGAGACUGCUUUCCCAAUUCAUGCAAGUAUUUUUACUGGCUACCGGAGGUGUGAAGUACUUAAUACGAAGAAUGAUUCCAUUGGAAGUUGUCUUAGGGCUCUCUGAGGCUCUAACGUGAAUCGACAGCCAACAACGGAGGCUUCAAGAAAGGGGAAGCCGUCAGUGCAGCUCUUUCCUCAAGGUGGCAGUGUUGCGGAUAAGUGAGUUUUCAAUGUCCAGGCUACGGCUACAUCUGGCACUUUAAAAAAUAUAUAUAUAUAUAUUUAAUAAUUUUUGUUUCUCCUUGGGAAUAAGACUUUAGAACUAUUUUGUACUGUGAAUUAUGUAUGUUCUUUGAAAGAAAAAUUGAUUCUAACGUUCUUCAGAAGCUGUGGCAGGGAUAAGCAAGACCCCGGACUGGAACACCUACUAAACGUAAUGAAACAAAUUCUAUUUUCUUACUUGAGCAAAUAUUUUAUUGAGACUGCUUAUGUAUGUCAAAGGAGCCUGCAACAUCAGCUACACAACUUUUUGUAUCGAAAAGAACUCGUACUUUUUGUAGCUUUUAUUCCACAUGUAAUUUAAAAUGACUUUAGCACUAAAAUGCCUAUAGAAGAAGACUUGACACCAGACCUUUAAGGAAAUUUUUAGUUUUUAUGAAAAAUAACACUUCAGUGGUUAACCUUCUCGUGUCUUUGGUGCUUCUGGCCCUAAGAGCAGCACUAGACAACACGACAACCACAUGGAAACAUAUUUUUGAAAGCAAAACUUUAAUUUUAUACGACAUAUGCUACAGAGAGUGAAGAAAAAUUAAUGACUAACCAUUUUCUAUUUUUUUUCUUAACAAAAUGGAAUCCACUGUGUCGAAGACUCUUGAUAUUAACGUGAUUGUCUAACCAUUUUUUAAAAAUAAAUUAGAAUAAAAUCUAUAAUCACAGUCUUCAAAUGGUUUUGUUUGGGAAGUUACAUUUGUGAAUUUUUUUUUUUUUUUUAAAUCAUGGUAACUAUAAACUUGACUGGUUCAUUCAGAUGUUCACUAUGUUUUGUUCUUAGCUGUAAUUUUUGUGACCCAUGGAGAAUUACAUUGACUAACAUGGUAAAUUCUAUGUAUAUUUUAUUUUCUAAUGAAUUGUGUAAACUGUAUUUUUGUUGAAGAAUGUAUGUUAAAUCAAUGUUACAUUUUCAUACCACUUCUUGAGAAGGAGGUUCUGGAUUUGAAAUUGUAUCAUUUCCUUCAAAAUGAAGGGCAGUGUUUAGUUAAAUAAAAGAUUGAUGACAUCUUUUGAACCA